AUUAGUCUUUUACCUGGCUGGUUUCACCCAGCCUACCUCUCCAUCCUCGUGCGAUAAGAAUUCAAAGCUGUCUGAAAGACGUUAUGUGGUGACUCUCCAUUAACCCUUAGAGAGCAGCUUACACUUUGUUAACCUUAGUUUGCUUUGCUUUCACUAGAGGCGGGAACAGCCCACGCAAAACAGUCUAGCCACAGAUAUAGCUGGAGUGGGCUAAAACCGGCCGUGGCAGAUAAUCCUCUUUGCCAUGGUGAUCCCCGCAGCCUCCGAGGCACUCGAGAUAGCACUUGUAGAGACAGAGAGUUGCUGGUUCAAGAUCAAGUGGUGGGAGCAUAGCUAAUGGUGGUCGGAAAUGCGGCAGCACUUUUUCAUCAUAUGCCAUAAUGGAAAGUCAUCUUCCCUGAUACCCUUAAGCACCCAAAUAGCACAGCACAUGUGUCCAGCACAGUUUCUGCAGUAGCCCCCCCCCCCCCCCCCCCCCAUACCACACAGACACACUCCAAGCUACCAUGAGUGGCGCCAGCAGCACAGAACUGGACGGCGAUGAUGCGGAGUUGGCAGACAUGGUGGCUGCCAUCAACGUGUCCUCCAACCGCAUUACACCGCCCAACGGCCACCGCGUGGCGCCAGGAAAGAAGCACCGACUCACCAUGUCGGACAGGAAGCUCUCCCUCCAGGAGCGGAGCACCUACCAGGGCGGAGGGAGGAUGGCACGCAGGCCCACCAUCGAGUCCAAACGCGUGUCCAUCUCAGAUGGAGAGGACUGUGUACAACUCAACCAGUACAAGUUGAAAGAUGAGAUUGGAAAGGGUUCCUAUGGUGUUGUUAAGCUGGCCUACAAUCAAGAUGAUGAACAGUAUUAUGCAAUGAAAGUGGUUUCCAAAAAGAAGUUGUUGAAGCAGUAUGGAUUUCCACGACGUCCUCAACCACGAGGGCCGCAUGAGAAGCAGUCAAAGGUUUUUGGUCCGCUCGACCGACUCUACCAGGAAAUCGCCAUCCUGAAGAAAUUAGAUCACCUGAACAUCGUCAAAUUAGUAGAGGUGCUUGAUGAUCCGGCUGAAGACAAUCUGCACAUGGCCUUUGAGUUAGUGAAGCGUGGCCCGGUGAUGGAGGUUCCCACAGACACCCCUUUCACUGAGGAGCAGUGUCGUUACUACUUCAGAGACAUUGUCCUCGGAAUUGAAUAUUUGCACUACCAGAAGAUCAUCCACAGAGACAUCAAGCCCUCAAACCUGCUCCUCGGGGAUGACGGCCACGUCAAAAUCGCCGACUUCGGCGUUAGCAACCAGUUUGAGGGGAACGAUGCCCUCCUGUCCAGCACGGCAGGAACCCCGGCCUUUAUGGCCCCAGAGACUCUCAUUGACCAUGAAGAGAGCUUCAGUGGCAAGGCUUUGGAUGUGUGGGCAAUGGGUGUGACGUUAUACUGUUUCGCCUUUGGAAAGUGCCCUUUCAUCGACGAGUACAUCCUCACGCUGCACACCAAGAUCAAGAGCAGCCCUGUGGAGUUUCCUGACACGGCUAUCAUCAGUGAAGGUUUGCAAGAUCUUAUCCUUUGCAUGUUGGACAAAAAUCCUGAAACAAGAAUCACCAUUCCAAGGGUCAAGGUGCACCCGUGGCUGACGCUAUGCGGCACGGAGCCCCUGCCUCUGGAGGAGGAGCACUGCACUGUGAUAGAGGUCACUGAGGAGGAGGUGCAGAACUCCGUCAAGCUCAUCCCCAGCCUCUCCACUGUGAUUCUGGUGAAGUCUAUGCUGAGGAAGCGUUCCUUUAGCAACCCCUUCGACCCCUUUCCUGGCAGGAGACAAAGCCGAUCUAUGUCCGCUCCAGGACAUCUGCUGUCGGAGAUGUUCAAGGCAGGCAUAAGGACUCCAUUGGCAACAGGUACAGCAGCACAGGAAGCCGGGAGGGGGAGCUGGAGGAUGUGACCGAGGAUGAUGCGUUCUUCUGAUCAUGACGACAGGCGAGACCGCUGUGGACCGCCGCAGCUCUUGAUACAGACACCUCUUACUGAUGUGGAAGUUCUUGAUAGAGGGAUGGUCAUUUCAAUUUGUUACGGUGGUCAUAGCACAACAGAACUUUUGGAAGGGGAUAAAAACAACUGAGAAAUGUUCAUGAAUACACAGCUGUACAAAACAGAGCCUUUUUUUGCCCCGCAUCAUUCUCUUGGUUCCGUUAUAGAUAUGCUUAAAUGUUACUGUGAGCAUUAUCCUCAGCCCUGUCACUUAUGCUACUUAGCUACCUGAGCCAGGUACUUGAGAAAUUAAUGCGAUAUUUAUGGACUAUUAUUUUUUGCACUCAGUCAUCCCAUUUCCACUGGUAUUCGGACAUGUAGUUGACUCCGUUCAUCGGAAUUAGUUUGUUACAGAGUAAGUCAUUGGGGUGUAGUCCUGGAUCUUGUGUUUCUGAGGGAUAGACAAGUGACGUGAUAUGUUGCAGUCAUGAAGAAAUAUCUGAUCAAGACAGUUUGAGGUUACUAAGAAGUUUUGUUUUCUGAAGAAUUUGGAUGAUGAACAUUCCCUACACAAUACAUAUUGUGAUGUUACUAUAUGUUAAUUACAGAGACAGACAGCAAGGUUUCCAUAACAAAGAGGAUAGGUUGUGUUAAACAACUGUUUUUUAUGUGCCAUAAAGAAUGUAGCACUCACUUUUUGGAAGUGUGUGGUGUACUAGUUAGCCAUUUUUACAAUAAUUAUACAUAUUGUUUGAAUUAUUCAACCUUUAUAAUUGAUUUCACUGCUGACUUUUGUCCGCAUAGUACAUUAUACAGUAAUGAAUUGGGAUGGACAGCAUGUGACACCGGGGCUUAUUUCUCUCUCUUUUGCAAAUUGUUUAUUAUAUUGUCUUUAAAACUAAAUCUAUUUCAACUUCAGUUAUGACUUCCAACUAUUAUGGAAAGAUUAUUUUUCAGCAUUCCGUUUUGCAAUGAUCCUCUCCUUUUGUCUUGCUUUACAGUGGUAACUGUUGUAUAAAUAAUAGUUUUUCUACAUUCAUUGUUUUACCUGGAGCUAAAUUAUAUUUAACAGUCAAUUAAAUCCACUGUUAAAAAAUAUAUUUUUUGAAUGUUUAAAACAUGGAUGGUGUUUCGAAAAUCAUUGACUGAAUGUAUUCCUUGUAUAAAAAGAAAUAUUCCUUGCUGUUGAAGGAUCUUUUGUCUUGAAUGAUAGCCGAGUCGUUCUGAUGGUAUAGCACCUUAACUUCUAGCACUUUCUGUUCAUGUCUUUCUGAAGGAGAGGUUAUUUCUCAAUCAAUAAUGAGGCUGGCAUUAUACCCCAAAUGUGUACGUUCUCCCAUUUGUCCUCAGUAGGCUAUCUUCAGUUUUCUGCUUUAAGCAUACGUGGUUUAAAUCUGUGUAAUUGAAAUACUCUUGCUUAGUUUAAUCACAUUUGAUCUGUUCUCUUGCUACUUAUGUUUCCUGGACGUUUGGGGGUGAGGUUGUUGAGAAACAGUUUGAUAAGAUAAAGACUGCUGUACACUAAGCAGCAACAUUUUCUGCUAGUCCAGUGUCCUAUAUGUGGAGCCAGGAACAAUGGUAAACAUGUAGUGCUGUGUAGGACAGAGAAGAACAGCGCAAUUCACUUCUGCUUGUAAUGAAGAUGUGGUGGUAUGUCUGCCAAACUGAGAUAAACAUGCAUGCAUCACUGUGGAAUAAAAAUAAUUAAGGUGUGA